AUGGUGGGACCUCCAAAAGAACGGAAGAAACGCCAAAAGCGCAACCAACCGAAAGUAGAAAAAGACACCGAACCUACUUUUGGAACGAUAUCGGAUGCCGUCGCGCAGGGCACAUCUACUUCGAAAAAGAGAUCGCGAAAAUCAGAAAAUGCCGCUCCAGCUCACCAAGCGCCCUCUACGAUUCACUUCCAGGAACUAGCUCAGGUUUGGGAAGGCGAUCGACGCAUUCCUACUGCCGCUUCUCGUCGUUCAUGGUGUCUCGCUAGGAAUAUCAAUCCUGCGCCUAUAAACAACUGGUGGUACAGACGAAAAGCCGUCGCGAAGAAAGCCAAAAUCACCAUUCCUGAGGGAACUUACGACCUACCUAUCGGCAACCCCCCUGAUUUGUCUGUCAAGAUUGAGGUUGAGGAAGAGCUCCGCGAUAAGCUGACAUUCCAGGCGAAGAAGAGGGCUCUGACCCAAACAGCUACAGCGCUAGCCGGCUUCACUUCUGGUAACGAUUUGGAGCGAAUUUCGAUACCAAGCUCGGAUCCAGUGAUUUUUCUUUGCAAUUCGUCCGAAACGGCUCUCUCUGUGCCUUCAAAGACGCGGUCCUCACCUCACCAUCUUAUCCCGGACGCCGAAUUCACGCAGCCAAAACGCGCAUAUACCCAGUCUUCAUCACCUUUUCUGAAAAUACUUGACACUCUCCUGAUCCCUCUGAACAUUGGCCGUCUCAAGGUAUUUCCCGCGCGUCGUGUCGUCUCCUUCGUCUUUGCUCUAAUUGUAUCUUUACUCCCUGGAUCUCACAUCUUAGCACCCCAUGACGGCUCUCCUGACCUCGACUCUUGCUUACGAACUUUACACCUCUAUCCUCCUGAUGUUGCUUUCCCCGAACACGAACCCUCUUCCAGGAAAACCCAAGGAGGACGUUUCCUUUGCUCGAAUUCUGUUGAAGCUGACGACGCAAUCACGCAACCCUCGAAUAUUCCUUUGUUAUUUCUCCCGGACGCCCAUCGUCCUAUUUCUAGGGCUCCGUCACUCCAGAACUUAUUUCCUUUGCAAGCUCGACUUGGCUCGUCAAAUGAUUCUACUGAUUUCCCUUUCUGUUUCACCAGCAUUGCUCACGCUUCCUCUCCUUCUUUGUUUAUCUGUCUUGCAGGAUCACACUAUUCUCUUGACGGUUUCUAUCUCUUUUCUGCCUCUGACGAAAUUGACUGUGCUUGUCCUACACCGCAAACUGAUUCGUUUCCAAAAACCAACGACGACUGGAAGCCAUAUACCCACACCAUCCUCGAUGACCCUAGCUAUUUGCCUUCGCUACCUGACAUGUAG